AUGAUAAAGGAUAAGCCAAGGCGUUGGCAUGAAACCCUUUCAGAAGCCUUAUGGGCUUAUAGAAACUCAAAAAGGACAAGUAUAGGAACAACCCCUUAUCGGCUAACAUUUAGCCAUGAUGUUGUGUUGCAAAUGGAGUUAAAUGUGAAAUCGGCAAAGGUAGCUUUACAACACAAUCUAAUACCUGCCGAUUACAAUGAAGCGAUGCUUGCCGAGUUGGAAGACUUAAAUGGCGUUCAGAAACUUGCUCUAGACCACCUUAUGGUCCAUAAAGCAAAGGUAAUGAAGGCUUAUAAUAAAAGGGUAAAGUUUAAGUCAUUUGCAGAGGGUGAUAUGGUUUGGCAAACAAUUCUUCCACUUGGAAAGCUGGAUAGAACUUAUGGAAAAUUGUCACCUACUUGGAAAGGCCCAUAUAUAGUUCACCAAGUAUUGCAUGGAGGGGUAUAUAAGUUGAAGGAUUUGGAUGGCGAGGUAUAUAAAAGGCUAAUAAAUGGAAGAUACCUUAAAAAAUAUGAACCAACUAUUUUUGAACUUAUGGAAGAAAAGAAAAUCUCCAAUAAGUUAAAAUAG